AUGCACAACCCGUUCAAGAGCUCGAAGUUCAAAGGGUCCGGGCAGACGCUCGGGACCAAGGCGGAGGACGAGGAGCGGAAGCGCGCGAAGAGGGAGGCGCUCGAGGCGGCCGCCGCGCGGUCGACGACGGGCGCGUCCGCUCCCCGCGCCGGCGGCGGCGCCGGCGCGGCGGCGCUGAGCCGCGCGGGCGGAGGAGGAAGAGGCGGAGGCGGCGGCGGCAUCGACGUGGACGCGAUGCGGCGCGAGGUGCUCGCGGAGAGGGAGAAGCGCCGAGCGGAGCGCGCUGCGGCCACCGCGGCGGCGGCGGCGUCCGAAGCCGCGAUCGACGCGGACCUCUCGCACCCCGCCUGCGCGUCGAUCGACGCCGCGAUCGCGCGGCUGGCCGCGAUCCCAGAUCGCGCGGUGGCCGUCGGCGCGGCGGCGACGCUCGCGAGGGUCGUCGCGAACGUCGCGACGUCGCCGGAGGACGCGAGGUACCGGAGGCUUCGACUCGCCAACGAGAAGAUCGCGGCGGCGACGACGCGCGCGGACGGCGGCGUCGCGCUCCUCGAGGCGCUGGGCUUCGUCGCGAUCGAGGAGCCCGAGAGCGGGGACGCGUUCUUGGCGCUGCCGGAGAGCGUGCGGGAUGUCGCGCCGUUUCAGGUGGCGAUACGACGGUUCGUGUCCGCCGGGUUGUUGUCGCGGGCGGCGGCGUCGGCGUUGACGACGCCGAAACCGCCGCCGAGGGCGGAUCCGACGAAACCACCGAGUAACGGCCGAGAAACGCGCGUUUUCUUACCCGCGGUGACGUGCGCCGCCGCGGUGACGGAGCUCCCGGACGAGUACUUCAAGCGCGACGCGAGCGAGAUCCAGGCGGAGUUUAAAGCCGCGGCGGAGCGACGCGAGAACGCCGGCGCGCUCAUGACCAAGGCGUGGAGAGAAAAAAAUAUGAAUAAAAACGGCGACGACGACGACGACGACAAGGCCGACGCCAGACCGGUGACCGUGCGCGUGCGCGUCCCGGACGGGUGCGUCUUGGAGGGGAAGUUCAUGCCGAGGGAGCCGAUCGCGGUCGUGCGCGAGUGGGUCAGCGGCGCGCUGAGGGAGCACUUUCGCGCGUUCGCGUUGAGGUGCGUUCUAUACGCUGGUCCCCAUACGACCGCGUUGGCGUGGUGA